AUGAGUUCUCUUCGUCACCGAGCCGCACGGCUCAGCGAGAAGCUCGAAGUGCCCGUGGACGAGAACUUGGACGGUCAGAGGGCCACGGCAUGGAACAAUCGUGAUCUUGCCCCGCUUCCUCCAUAUAGGCGAACGUGGACAGUAUGGGGAUUCUUGGGGUUCUGGGCUGUCAUCCAACUGAACACAGUCGGAUGGCAGACAGCAAGCUCGUUGAUUUCACUGGGGUUGAGUGUGUGGGAAGCUAUGGUCGUGACGAUUAUCGCCAAAUUCCUCAUUGCUGGAGUGGCGAUCGCGAACGGCUGGUGGGGUGCUCUCUGGCAUGUCGGUUUCUCUGUGGGAAAUCGCGCUGUUUGGGGGCUUAGGGGCUCGUAUCUCGCCCUCGCACAGAGGAUCAUGCUCUGCCUGGUCUGGUACGGCGUUCAAGCCUGGAUUGGCGGCCAGAUGGUAGGCGUGAUGCUCUACAGCAUCUUCUCCGGCUACAGACACAUACCCAAUACCUUCCCGGCCAGUGCGAACAUGACGACUCAGCAGUUUGUCGGCUUCAUCGUCUUCCUGUGCUUCCAGUUUCCCUGCCUCUUGAUCCCUCCCGAGAAGACCGCGAUCCUCUUCCGGUAUGCCAAUAUCAUCACAGCUGUCACCAUGUUCUCGGUCACGGUCUGGGCACUGUCGACCGCCCACGGCGGCGGGCCUUUGCUCACUGCGAACAGCACACUCACCACGACCAGCGAGAAAGCCUGGGCAAUCAUCCGCGGCAUCACUACCGUCAUUGGUUCCAUCGCGGUGUCACUCACCAAUCAGAGUGACUUCAACCGGUUCGCAAAAACACCGGGCGCGCAAAUUCCUGGCCAGAUUUACUCCACCGUGAUCAUCGGUGCGCUGGUGACCCUCAUGGGCACACUCUCCACCUCUGCUGCGCAGAAGAUCUAUGGAGAGGUGCUCUGGUCGCCCGCAGAGCUUGCGAUUCGCUGGAUGGAGGACGGUUAUACCGCCAAAGCUCGCGCCGGGGCUUUCUUCGCCGGCCUGGGGUUCUUCAUCUCCCAGCUAAGCAUCAACACCGUCGACAAUGCGUGGCCCGGUGGCUUCGAUCUUGCCGCACUCUUCCCUCGCUGGAUCAAUAUCCGCAGAGGUGCAGUCAUCACGUUCGUGCUGGGUAUUGCAAUCAAUCCGUGGCAAUUGGCUGACACCGCGAAUACGUUCAUCAACGUCCUGGACGGAUAUUCUGUCUUCCUCGGCCCCAUGGUGGGCAUGAUGGUCUGCGACUUCUGGGUUAUUCGUGAUCGCAAAUUCAAGCUUUCUGAUCUAUACAUUCCAGACCAAUCAUCCAUCUACUGGUACAACCGGGGGUUCAAUUGGCGCGCCUACGCCUCUUGGCUCAUCGGCAUGGCACCCGCGCUGCCCGGAUUCAUCAAUGCUGUCAACCCGUCGAUUCAUGUGCCCAAGGGCGCACAGGAGAUCUUUUAUCUCGCGUACAUCGAGGGAUUUGCUUUGGCGUUCGUUGUGCACUAUGUUUUGAACCGAUUAUUCCCUGUACCGGGUCUUGGGGAGAUCGACGCGGAAGAUCUGUUCGCGACAUUUACAGUUGAGGAGGCAAGAAAGUUGGGCGUGAUGCCUCAUCCACGGCUGCUCGAAGGUGAGGCGCUGGAGAUCCAGGACGGUGAACGUGCGUCUUCAGAGGACGCUGUAGAGUCGAAGGCGGUAGUGGUUGGAGAGAAGUUGGUUGGCUGA